AUGGAUGCUGCAAAUUUGGAGGCUUUUUUGCUCGUGAACGACUUCAAGGGCUUGCACUUCCCUCGUGCAGCCUUCUUGGGUUGCGCAGGGCGCCGGGAGGUGGUUUAUCCCAUCCAUGCUGCAGCCCUGAACGGUUGCCCACGGCUUCUGCAAUUGAUGCUGGGCGCUGGCGCGGAUCCAGACCAGAAGACCUCCUUUGGCCGCAAGGCCUUGGAUCUGGUGGAAGAAGCUCACUUUGAUGAGUCUCACUCCGAGGUCCUGGAAAUCCUCCGUCAACUUCAGGAUGAACGGGACGUGCGGCGAAGUCGGGACUUCGCCUCGCAGGGCUCACGCGACAGCAGCUCCUCAAAGCUGAGCAGUUUGUCAAAGCUUAGCAGCUCCUCGAAGCUGAGCCUCUGA